GGCAGAGGUGAAAUCAGUAAUGAAGAUUCCGCCACCGGAGCAGCCUGUCUCGCUCACUGUCGCACUUUUUUAUUUUUGACCAGAAAUUCAAGAGGAAGGCGUGUUGCAUCGCAAACAAACUGCACAAACAUGGCUCGUCUGGUAGCUGUUUGCAGGGAAGGGGAAGAGGACUACCCGUUUCUCUCUCGACAGAUCCCUCUUUACAUCGACGAAUCUCUCACGAUGGUGAUGGAAUUUUCCGACAGCAUCAUGGACGUUGACAGCAAUGAAAUAAAUGUGUCUCAUUGGAAACAGUUUUCUGAGUAUUACUCCAAACUGAAGCAGCAGGACUUGAACAUGGCCCUCAUGGUGACAUCCAGGGAAGUGUACUCUGCUUUAUCUCAGCUAGUGCCGUGCGUGGGCUGCAGGCGGAGUGUGGAGCGCCUUUUCUCGCAUAUGGUGGAAUCAGGGAAUCCGGCCCUGGAGCCCCUCACAGUGAAACCCACAGGCAUGCUCUCUGUCACCAAAACCUGUUUAUCAGACGUGAAGAAGCUUUACACCCUCUUCUACAUCCAUGGGUCAAAGUUAAAUGACAUGAUUGAUGCCAUUCCAAAAAGUAAAAAGAACAAACGAUGCCAGUUGCACUCCUUAGACACACACAAACCGAAGCCUUUGGGGGGAAGUUGGAUGGACGUUUGGGAGCUCAUGUCUCAGGAGUGCAGGGACGAGGUGGUCCUCAUCGACAGUGCUUGUCUUUUAGAGACCCUGGAGACAUACUUGCGUAAACACAGGUUUUGCACUGACUGCAAGAAUAAAGUGCUGAGGGCGUACAACAUCCUGGUGGGAGAGCUGGACAGCAGUAAAGAGAAGGGCUACUGUGCUGCCUUAUAUGAGGGGCUAUGCUGUUGCCCUCAUGAGCGCCACAUCCACGUGUGCUGUGAGACGGACUUCAUCGCUCACCUCCUCGGAAGGGCUGAGCCAGAGUUUGCAGGAGGCUAUGAACGCAGAGAGAGACAUGCCAAGACCAUUGACAUUGCACAGGAGGAGGUCCUGACCUGUCUGGGCAUUCACCUGUAUGAGCGGCUGCACAGAAUCUGGCAGAAGCUACGAGCAGAGGAGCAGACCUGGCAGAUAUUGUUUCAUUUAGGGGUUGAUGCAUUACGCAAAAGCUUUGAGAUGGCAGUGGAGAAGAUGCAGGGGAUCAGCCGGCUGGAGCAGUUUGUGGAGGAGCUGUCUGAGGAGGAGAGAGCCAAAGAGCUGAAGCAGGAGAAAAAGAGGCAAAAGAGAAAAAAUCGACGGAAAAACAAAUGUGGAUUUGACAUAUCUGAACAGGAGGCAGAUGACAAGGAGAAAACAGAUGAGGGUUCUCUUGAGUCUGUGGAGGGCUCAUGCAAGGUCUGCGGCAGCCAGGAUGAGGAAGAGGAGGAGGCUGUGUUUGAUGAAACGGCCACCAAUGACAGCACUUCUUGUAACUGCACAGACGGCACCAAACAGAACUUGUCCCCUCACAGUAAUGGUAGUGACUGUGGCUAUUCUUCGAGUAUAGAGGGCAGUGAAACAGGCUCUCGAGAAGGUUCUGAUAUCGCCUGCUCUGAAGGAAUAUGCAACCAUGAUGAAGCAGGAGAUGACUCAAACACCCAUCACUGUGCUGAAGACAAGGAAGAGGAUGCGAUAGACAGCUGUGUGGACUGCUGGACACACACUGAGGAAAACAGUCAAUGCAAGAGUAAAAAGAAUAAAAGGAAGGGCAAGGGUUUAUGCAACAAUCAGGGACAUAAAGCUGAAGGUUGCACGUCAGAUGGAAACACGACAGGACACAGUCCACUGUCACGCUCUUGCAGAACCAAAGAAAUCUUCUCCUCCUCAUGUGGUGACACACUUGCCAACAUUGCACUACGAUCACCAUGUACAGCUCAUCAGAAGAACCUCAGCUGUAACGCAAGCCCUGCAGAAGCUAACAUCAGUCUGGUGGAACUGCUGGAUGACUCAGAAGUGGCUUCAGAUGAGGAGGACUGUCUGACACAGGAUGAAAUUCAGGCAUUUCUAGAAAGAAACCAGUCCUUCUACAACAACCGCCACCAGUACCGACAGCUCCUGAAAGAGAAAUUCACCAAUUACUGCCGCUCCAAUGAGCGGAGUAAACCUGUCUGUGGAAAAUGGUUCGCCACCACCAGUGUCAACUAACUGCAUUAAAUUCAUCUCCCCACUGGAGGAAAUCACUCGUGACCACUGCUGCAACGUCUUUAGGAAAAUAAUUCUGAAGUCCUUUGGUGUAUGGUUCAGUCAUUUCUCCUUUUUAAAGCAAAUGUGAUUCUGUUGCUCUCUAUCUCUCUUUUACACUCGCACACAAACACCCUUUUUCAUCUCGUUACUCAGCCACGUUCUUCUCACCUGUGAUUGUUCUCUUUGACCAAGCCUAGCUCUGUGUUGUUGGUCUUCUGUAGGGUCAUUGGGUCAGAGCAUGGUGGAAUCAGUAAUCAAGCUUUGCAAGCUGUGACAUUAGGGACAAAUUUUUAGGAGUCUUAUUUUAUGUAUUGUUGGUUUUUUUCUAUUCUGUUUCUCUCUGGUGACACUUCAGUGUAGUGGUAAAGGUUGUACCAUUAAAUGUGUACAGAAAUUCUAAACAUAGAGAUUUUACAAAGAAUAAACAUCCAUUUGUAAUGAGGACUUGGAUGUGAUGUCAAGAGCGCAAUGUGCAAAAUUUACUAAAUAAAGAAUAUUUAUUAAUA